GCAUGUGAGAGGAGGGGGAGAAAUAAGAGUGAGAACACUAAAUGGGAACAAGCAGAACAACCCAAGCUGAAGUGAGCAGGACUGAAGGACUUUUUAAGACUGGAAAAGUGACCUGAUUUCUAUGUUUUCUUCUGCAGGGAUCGGCAGCUGGAGCAACAGGGUAAGAAGAGAAGCACUGAGAGAAACUUUCCUCUUCUGUCGGCCAGCAGGUGCAGAAAAAAUGGAAGGGUUAACUGCUGUCAUCGCGUGCAGCUUUAAAUGUCCACUGCCAUGGCCAAGCGUGAGGCCGGGAGCCCCAGCCCUGUGGUGCGUCAGAUAGACAAGCAGUUCCUGGUUUGUAGCAUCUGUCUGGAUCGCUACUGCAACCCCAAGGUCCUGCCCUGCCUGCACACCUUUUGUGAAAGCUGUCUUCAGAACUACAUUCCUCCAGAGUCUCUGACGCUCUCGUGUCCAGUGUGCCGGCAGACGUCCAUCCUGCCAGAGAAGGGAGUKUGUGCUCUACAGAACAACUUCUUCAUCACUAAUCUCAUGGAGGUCCUCCAACGUGAGCCUGCGUGCUCACGGCCAGAGGCCUGCAGCGUGUUAGAGUCAGUCAGCGCUGCAGCAGCCGGGAAGCCCCUCUGCUGCCCAAACCACGAGGGAAAGGUGAUGGAGUUCUACUGUGAGUCUUGUGAGACAGCCAUGUGUUUGGACUGUACAGAGGGCGAGCACCGGGAGCAUGUGACGGUUCCUCUGCGGGACGUUGUGGAGCAGCACAAAGCUGCACUGAAAACACAACUGGAUGCCAUUCAUAGCAGGCUGCCUCAGCUAACAGCAGCCAUCGAGCUGGUGAGCGAGAUCUCUCGGCAGCUGAACGAACGCAAGAACGAAGCAGUGGCCGAGAUCACCAGCACGUUUGAAGAGUUGGAGAGGGUGCUGCAUCAGCGCAAGACAGCCCUUAUCACAGACCUUGAGAACAUCUGCAGCACUAAGCAGAAGGUCCUGCASGCCCAGCUUUCGUCUCUGCUCCAGGGGAAGGAGCACAUUCAGAGCAGCUGCAGCUUCACAGAGCAGGCUCUGAGCCACGGGACUGCAACUGAGGUGCUCCUUGUUCAGAAGCAGAUGAGUGAGCGAGUAACCGCUCUGGCCAGACAUGACUUCCCAGAAAAACCACAUCAGAACGCUCACCUGGAUUGCCAGGUGGAGACUGAAGGUCUGCGGCGCUCCAUCCAGAACCUGGGUGUCCUCCUCACCACAUCCGCUGUGGCACACACCUCUGUGGCAACAGGAGAGGGCCUGCGACACGCAGCCACUGGGCARCACCACACCAUCACUGUGACAACAAAAGACAAAGAUGGAGAGCUGGUACGGACGGGAAAUGCAGUUUUAAAAGCAGAGAUUUUGUCUGUCGAUGGCAGCCGGACUGCAGAGGCAGAAAUAAUAGACAACAAGAACGGGACGUACGAGGUGGGCUACACGCUACGCUCUGAGGGGGAGUACUCAUUCAGCCUGUUGCUCUACGGACAGCCGAUUCGAGGCAGCCCGUUCCGCCUGCGAGCGGUCAAGCCGUCUGAUGUGCCACAAUCGCCAGAUGAUGUGAAACGGAGGGUCAAGUCCCCCAGUGGGACGGGGGGCCACAUUCGCCAGAAAGCGGUGCGACGGCCCUCCAGCAUGUACAGCACCACCAAGAAGAAGGAGAACCCCAUUGAGGAUGAGCUCAUCUACAGAGUUGGUUCCCGGGGCAGAGAAAAAGGGGAGUUCACCAACCUGCAAGGGAUCUCAGCCUCCAGCAACGGCAGGGUGGUGGUGGCCGACAGCAACAACCAGUGCAUUCAGGUAUUCUCCAACGACGGCCAAUUUAAAAUGCGCUUUGGGGUCAGAGGUCGCUCUCCGGGUCAGCUACAGAGACCGACGGGCGUCACUGUGGACAUGAACGGCGACAUUGUGGUGGCUGAUUAUGACAACAGAUGGGUCAGCAUCUUCUCCCCCGAUGGCAAGUUUAAGAAUAAGAUUGGAGCAGGCCGCCUCAUGGGACCCAAGGGUGUGGCUGUGGAUAAAAACGGCCACAUCAUUACAGUUGAUAACAAAGCCUGCUGCGUCUUCAUCUUUCAGUCCAACGGAAAGCUUGUGACAAAAUUUGGAGGCAGAGGGACGUCUGACAGACAGUUUGCAGAAAAACUUGGCCCAAACUUUAAUAAAUCUGGCUCAGUUUUCAGUCCGCACUUUGUUGCCGUGAACAACAAGAAUGAAAUAAUAGUGACGGAUUUUCACAAUCACUCUGUGAAGGUGUACAGUGCAGACGGGGAGUUCCUGUUCAAGUUUGGCUCUCACGGCGAAGGCAACGGCCAGUUCAACGCUCCCACCGGGGUGGCUGCGGACGCCAACGGAAACAUCAUCGUAGCUGACUGGGGUAACAGCAGAAUUCAGGUGUUUGACAGCACAGGGUCCUUCCUUUCCUACAUCAACACCUCCGCAGACCCUCUGUACGGCCCUCAGGGUCUCGCUCUCACCUCAGACGGUCACGUGGCUGUUGCAGACUCCGGAAAUCACUGCUUCAAAGUUUACAGAUAUUUGCAGUAGACGGAGGGAAGACGCCGCUGCUUGAGUAAAUUAAUGUAAACUAAGAACUGCACCGUGCCUGCACACUUUAAAGAGACUCCAUUCUCACAAACUCAUAUUCUUUGUUCAGAGUCUACAUUCUUUAGUGGUUGUAAUAUCAGAAGAUAAACGAUAAACAUAUUGAGCGAGCAAUGUUCAAAAUCAGAGAUAUUUUGCACCGAACACAAACUCAACAAAAUUAUUGGUUAAAAAAAUAAACAUAUAAAUAGAAUGCAAUUUAUUUCGCAGGAAUAAAUUGUUCUGUUAUUUGAUAUUUUAUCAUAUCUCUUGGUUUGUGUACCUUUUAUCUAUCUUUAUAUUCGACUAAUUGAUUUAAAAUAAAUGAUUGAAGCUUACAUUUUUAUUUUCCUAAAUGCCAACCAAUAGUUUGCUGGUCUUAAAGCAAAAGUUCAGAUUUGUUUUGGUGUUAUGUAGAAAUGAAAGGAACAGGUAAUAUCUUACCUGCUGCAGAUGGCUCUUAGAACAACCUCAGUUUGGGGAAAAAAAAGAGACUCGUUGAGACUGUAGCGCUAAUGGUUAGUUUUAGCUUUGUUGUACGCAGUUAUUUACAUACAAGCACAGACAGCAGCAGCAUUUGGCUGUAGCACUUUGUGUUCACUUUGAGGCACUUCAAACAGGAAUAUAUUUGACACAAAAAAGCAAAAAUGAACACAGUUAUGUAUUAGCUGAUAAAAUAGUGUUUGCAUAAACUGAAAUUUUAAGAAUGUAGUUGGUUUACGACAUAAGCAAUCCAUAUCUCACAUUUCCACCAUACCAACUUCAAAAAAAUGUUUUGAACUGUUCCUUUAAGUUGCACUACCCUUAUGGGAGGCAGGAAAAUAUAAUUAGAGAUUUGUUUUUCCUUUUCUGCAUCAUGUCACUUUAAUUUAGUUUUAACCAUAUUUUUAUGCAAAUAGUUCUGUUUAAAAGAAGCACAACAUCUUAACCAGCUCUAUAAAAACAAAAAAUCUGAUUUUAAAAUCGAACCCGACUUUUUGCACUUUUGUCUAUUCAUACCAUGUCUAUUGUACAUAUGCAUAUUUAGGUGUACAUAUGGAUUUCAGCAUCCAUGUUAUAUCACUGUUUAACCUACUUAUUUCAGCAUUUAAUCCAAAUUAAGAUCAUGCCAAGUAGUAGCCAGCACGACUGAAACAAAAGCUGAACAAAGUUGUAUUUUUUUUGGCAUUUGUUAAAUGUUUUUCAGAAGAUUUAAUUUAUAUUUGAUUUUUGUAAUAUCAUUUGUUCUACAAAUUAUUUUUGUAAUUGCUGAAUUCAAACAUUGUCUUCAUUUUUUUUUGCCAAAUGUUGUAAAUCUUAGCAUUGAAAUCUGUUUCUCACCACAUUUUUUCCCACAGAUUUUAAGUUCUGUUAUGCAGUGACUUUUCCUUUUGCCAAAAUGUAUUGUUGUAAGUUAACAUUGCACAUAACAUGAAUAUAAUAAGAUUAUAUAUCAUUUGCAAGAGUAAUAUAUGUCUAUGUAUAGCUCAUAAGUUGACAUAAUCAAUAAAUAUAUUGUACAUUACAAUCAGACUUCUAUCGUAGCUGACAAGCACCUUUAUCAUGUAUUUUUACAGUACUUGUAUUCAUUUGUCCUGUAUUUUUGUGUGUAUUUUUUAGUGUGGACCCCUAGAAAUGCAACACCAGCUAACACACAACUCAUUUUUUGCCUGUUUAGUAAGAACACACCCCCCCCCCCCCCGUCUUUAAUUUGUUUGUUUACCUGUACUGAGAGAAACCCUCUUUAUGAAUUAAACCUGUUUGUUAUAGUUUUAUUAUUUUGUCUAAGGCUUUUAAUGUGUCUAACAUGUCUGUGUGAAAUAAAAUAAGCACAUUUGAUUAAAAUGCUACAUCUAA